AUGGAGGCCACUACUUUUGCGGCGAAGGUCAAAGGGGAGUUCACCACCAACGGCCAGAGCACUGUCACAUCGGGGAACAUCUUGGACUACUGCCUGGUCAGCCGCUCAGUAAGCGGAAUUACAGGCAUUGAAACUGAUUGGGAGGUACCCUUUGGCACUCAUGCUGCCAUUCACUGCACCUGUGAUGUGGGAGCUGGCAAGCUGUUGGUACCCCAAUUAAAAGGAUACCCGAACGUGCUGCUCAAAGAGCACGGGAGCUUGGAGGCCGCUCCUGAGGAGCCUCCUGUUGUCCCGGGCAACAUUGCAGGAGUUGAGCUUGGUGACGACCCGCUCACCAAGGAAUUUGCCCUGUUCUCGGCGCGGGCAGAAAGCGUCUGCUUCAACGCUCCAAAAGGAUGGGGGGUCACCAAUCCUGUACAGUGCAAGCCACCCAUGCAAAAAUGCACCAGCAGACAUUGGCAUGGCACCCAACCAGCCAAAUGGAACAAGCAUCUAACUGAGCUCAAGCUCAACUCUCUGGACCCGCAACUCCAUGCGGAUGGGCUUCUCCUGUGGGAAGGCCAAGACGCUGAGGCCUGGACCGCUGCUUUCCAAUGCAUGGACCAGGCUGCUGCGUUACAACUAGCCGAAGGCCAACUUGAAGCAGCGGCGAAGCAAGCCCGUGAAGCUUGCGCCGACAGCUACAAAAACUGGCUGGAGCUGGCAUCACAAGGCAGCCUUCGACCGCUGUUCCGCUCCUUGAAGACUCAAGAGACAGUCACCAUGAGGCCUUUCCGGGACAAAGAGUUUGCCAGCAGAAUGGUCUGCAGAAUGAUGCAGUGGGCACCCUUAUGGCAAGCCAAAAGCACGCCGCUGGAAAUAAAAGCAGAACUUAAAGAAAGGGCUGUGGCCCAGGCUAUGGCCUUGCCUCCCAUCACCGGUCAACAGCUUUUCAAGCGUUUUCGGUCCAUGCCUGUGAAGGCACCGGGACCAGACGGAUGGGAUGCUGAAUCUGAACUGGAAGCCGAUUCCUCAAAGCCCUCGCGGCAGUGGACUGUGUCGCUCAUUACUCUGUUACCGAAAAGUGAAGAGAUUGAGCGACCAAUCGCCCUUAUCCCCAUUCCGCAGAAGAUCGCCGUCAAGGCCAGGUGGCAGCUUGCGGAGGACUGGCUCCGGACCAAGCUUCCGGAGAUGUGGUGGGGCGCUGCAGUCCCGGGGCGAUCCACGCUGGACGUAAGUCUAAAGAGAUUGGUGGCGUGCGAGUCGGCCGCCAAAAAAGGGGCGCGCAGAGUGACGGUCUUCAUAGAUCUCUCAACGUUCUAUGAGAGCGUCAGCUUGAAGGAGCUGGAGGCUUCUGCGGAAGCCUUAUUGUGA